CAUUUGAGGAUUGCCAUUGAAUGGAAAUCCCGCCAAACAGUAGACAGCGCGCAGUUUGGUGAACCUGAAAAAGCGUGUUGUUGCGAUUUGAGGUUAAGUUGUGACCUUACUUCUUCGUUAUAAGAGUUAACAGAGUUGACAAUGUGGGGCGAAAAAGCGUUUGCAAAUGAUGGGGGUGGGUACUUUAACUCUUCGGAGGUGUCUUCGCCGGCGGGGAACGCGAAACGAGGAGUGAAACGGGCCCAGAACAUCGUUCCGGUGAUGAUCAAACACUUGAUCGACAGCCCGGAGGAACUGCAAAUCUGGGGUACGGACGUGCAGAUAAUAACGACCGUUGGUAUCAUCCGAAGGAUCGACCCUUCGGCGACGAAGAUAACCUACGACAUAGAGGACGAAACCGGGACGAUAACGGCCUUCCACUGGAUAGAGGCAGACAAACCCCCGCAGGAAUCGGUCAUCGAGGUGAACACCUACGUCCGGGUCUUCGGCUCGCUCCGCGAGCAGCACCAGAAGAAGCACAUUCUGAUUAUGAAAAUAUGGCCGAUAACGGACCUGAACGAACUGACCCUCCACCUCCUGGAGACGAUAUACGUCGACCUGAAGGGGGAGAAAUUCGCUGGAGCCGGCAACAUGGACGCGAUCGGCAUCCCGGACUCGAAUCAACCUGUCGGACUGCAGAAUUCGCUGAUGGAUUCCUCGAUAAUGGGAGCGAGCCUUGGCGGCAUGACGAACGACCAGAAAGCCGUCUUCAAGAUAAUACAAUCCGAAAACGACACGCCGAGCGGCAUCGAGAGGGAUCAAAUCAAGGCGCGGGUGCAGCCACAUAUCCGUCCUCAGGUCGACGAUAUACUCGACUUCCUGGCCGGGGAAGGACACAUUUACACAACGCUUACCGACGAUCACUUCAAAACCACGUAAACAUGGAUCAUUCAGCGUCGAUUUGUUUAAAUUUUUCGGGUACUUAUAGAUCGAGUAUCUUUGCCCUCCUCUUUUUUAAAGGAAGAUGUUAUGAUACAGUACAAUUACGUCAGUUAGAUUAAAAUUAUUCCAUUACCAGUCUAUUUUUUAUGAACCGCAAAAUGAUGAGAAAACAAAAAUUGUAAAUCAAAAAAAAAAAAAAAAAAAUACAGCACGCAUUACAUUUUUUUGUGCAUAUUAUUCCAUGUUGUAACGUUUAUACGCGUAAUGCGUUGCCGAUAUAUGUAAUAUGAAUGUCAUACAUAUUUUUCUCAGCUUCUCGCUAAAAGUAUGUUACUGUUUAGUCUUAUGUUAAUCUGUGUUCACUCUUUUGUAUAUUCGUAAUAGCCGUUAUUCCAAAGACUAAUAAAAUGAAGCAAGGUUUUUUCUUACACACCGUA